GGACACAAUACAAGCCAGUGCACCAAAUAUUACACACUCUAAGAAGCUGCACAUCACAGUACUUCAAGACAAAAAGCCUACCUUGUACAGUGAUGCAGCCUUGAUCGCCAGUGCUCUGCCAGCAAACGGAUGUAGAUGGCUUAUUUGUUUUAAUCAAAGCCUAGCUAAUGCUGGAAGGGGUUAAUAAAACAGUAUGAAUGCAGCAGCAGGGUUCUGUAUCUCAAAAGCGGAAGCUGGUUCCCAGCACGUGUCCCUCUGUAAUGCCACCUCACAGGACACGAGCUGUGUAUUCACGUUCCUCCAGCUCUUCUAGAGAGAGUAGCACUUCACUUUCGGGGAGAAUGGCAUACCCGGAACCCCUAACUGCUUUGUCUCGUUGGUACCUCUAUGCAAUUCAUGGGUACUUCUGUGAGGUAAUGUUUACAGCAGCAUGGGAUUUUGUCGUCAACUACAACUGGAAAUUUCCUGGAGUCACCAGCGUAUGGGCACUAUUUAUAUAUGGCACAUCAAUCCUCAUUGUAGAAAAAAUGUACUUGUAUUUAAAAGACAAAUGUAACAUCUUCAUAAGAUGUUUUAUUUAUACCUUAUGGACUUAUACCUGGGAAUUCACCACUGGUUUUAUAUUACGACAGUUCAACGCCUGCCCAUGGGACUAUGCACAUUUUGAUUUUGACUUUAUGGGUUUGAUUACACUGGAAUAUGCCAUCCCAUGGUUCUGUGCAGCUUUUCUCAUGGAGCAACUUGUAAUUCGAAACACCCUGCGCUUACGCUUUGAUGAACACGCAGAGCCAGGUGCGCCUGUCAUGACCAGUUUACCAUUGGCUAAUGGCCAUGUCAAAUAUGAUUAGAGUAUUACACUAAACAUGAGAAAUGAAUAUAAUUAAUGGACGAUUAUUACAAAGUCUUAAAUGCUUGUGAUAUAUAAUUGAUUAUAAGUCGCAUGAAAGUAUUUUUAUUUUCCAUUUUGUCUUUGGCUGCAAGGAAAUGUGUCAAAAGCUUCAUGUUUAAAUUAUGACUAUGACUUUUUUUUAAACAAUGAACACAUUUUAUUUGCAUUUUCUUCCAUUAUAAAAUAUAGCCUAAGCCUACCAUGCAAAAACUAGGAACCUAAUGGAAAGAUUACUGUUUGGCUCUUAAACUGUUGCGGUGCUUGCAAGUUAUACCUCCCAUGGAGCCCUUCUAAACAGAAUGGUUCUGUACUCCAGGAUUAUGGAAAUUCCAUUACUUGGCAUUAUACAAUGAAAGUUGGUAUGUCUGAUCUCCAAAUGAUUUCAUGGUCUUCCCGUCAAUGUUUAUUUCAUCACAACAUCUAAGAAUGAUUGCUUACUGGAUUUCCAUAUACCUAUACCUAUAUUCUUCAUUCUGAAGCUAAGUAGAACAUACAUUAUAUAUCUGCUUGUUGAAUGCUAGCAUUCUGAAUUAAAAUACCGGCUGAUUGGCCAACCACUCAGGUCUUCCCACUUUAAGCAGCUCUUGGAGGUAAAUAAUCAAGCUUAGUGCUCUUUAAGAAGUGACCAAUACCAGCAUUUGUGUCUUGCGCUACCCUAACAAUCUCAUUGUUAUGGUGAAACACAGCUACUUUAAUGACUCUCUGCCAGUUGCAGACAAUAACAACUCAAUGCUUCUCAAACAGGAAUUGCAUUGGCCUUAACAGUUGUCAACUACAAUAUUUAAAGCUGUUUGCAAAGUAUGCUUCUAUCAAAUGAUUCUGGAGGAACUGUUGUUACUCUAUGGGAAUUACAUGUUGCUCAUGUAUUUUAUGCUACUGGGAAAUACACAAAAGUAUUAUAAUUGUUUACUUAUUUGUAAUGAGAAUGAACUAUGCUACAAGAGUUUUCAUGUACUGAAACUAUUUAUCAAAAGGGGUCAUAAGAGAAUUAAGUUAAUAUUUCAUUAGUAUUUAAAAAACAAAAACAAAACAUUUAUUUGCAAGUUUAUAACUCUGCACUUAACUUUUGCAACAGCCUUGCUUUGCUACAGUACAUUUAAAAUGAAGCGUACAGUAUCAGGGGUAUAAAUGCUGUUCCAUAAAACUGGUUUGCUUGAUAUUUCCAUACAAAGCCUAAAUUAUAUUAAUUAAACUAUGUAGCAUGCUGUGAUGUAAUAUAAUCCACCUGAUAGUGCAAUUGACAGUGCACUGGCGCUGUGCUUAUUCGCAAAAGAAGGGUAAUUCUGUUAAAUACAGAGACCAAGCUUUUGCUUUUUUUUAUAAAAGAGGUUAAGCAAUAAUGUUAAGAAAUGUUAUUUCUUUCCUAAGAU